AUGUCUGACAACGGAUCACCGAACGUCGCGCAGAAGCCCGAGGACGGCGGCCAGAGCGAACACUUGAACAUCAAGGUUACCGACAACAACAACGAAGUGUUCUUCAAGAUCAAGCGAACGACGGCGCUCGGAAAGCUCAUGAAUGCUUUCUGUGAUCGUCAGGGCAAAAACAUUUCGAGUGUGCGGUUCCUGUUCGAUGGACAGCGUGUAACGGCACAAGACAACCCAGAUUUGCUCGACAUGCAAGAUGGCGAUACUCUUGAAGUGCACCAAGAGCAGAUCGGCGGCUGCUAA